GUUUGUCUUUCUUGGUACCAAACUACAGGAUAUCCAUCCUGUAUUUCCGACUAUUUAUUUUACAGUUGUAUAAUGAUUAGGCACCAAAACUAUUGCUGUAGAUCAGUAGAUUAAUCUUAUUACUAGGAAGUAACAGUUGGAUAACAGCUAGCAGCGGUUUUCCAAGCUACCUUUGCCGUUUACAAGUCAGUGAAACCGGAGGAACCUAAUCAUGGCUCUUCCUGCAAACUAUAAGCAAGUAGCGAUCCAGCAGAUGCCUAAUCCACAAGCAUCUACUCGUAAGAGAACCCAAAUUCUAGUUUUCUUUAUAUUGUCUACCAAAUAUAGUAGUUAAGCAUAUAAUAAACAGCCAGACUCUUGACUUGGAUCAAGCUUCAAACUGCAUGUGUAAUUUCUAAUUGCCAGAUGCUAUAUUCUAGUUUUAUGAGAGCCCAUACACAAUUGUCAGAUAAUAUGUGCAAGCAUUUUCCCUUCACAGAAUAUUUUAAAUAUAUCCCAAAGAGUUGAACAUUUGUAAAAUUAAAAUUUGCUGUCAGCAGGCCCUCCAAUGACUUUCAACAUACUAAAAGAACGCCUAAGAGCUUCUGGUGGAUCCAGUUCAAGUUCAAAUAAAGAGACAAAUCCGUUCGUUGCAACUCCAAAUGGACAUCCCGGCUUUAUACCACAGAAAAUCGGUAAAAGUGCGGCUAAAAGUGAGGCAAAGACUCCGAAGCCGCCAAAAGCUCCUGAAAAGCCCCUAAUGCCCUACAUGCGAUACAGUAGGAAGGUGUGGGAUCAAGUUAAGGCUCAACAUGCAGACAAGAAGCUUUGGGAAAUUGGGAAAAUCAUUGGGCAAAUGUGGAGAGACCUGCCUGAAGAACAGAAACAAGAGUUUAUGGAUGAAUAUGAAACGGAAAAAGUCGAGUACGAGAAAACGUUGAAAAGCUACCACAAUUCACCAGCUUACCUUGCGUUUAUAGCUGCAAAGAAUAAAUCUAAAUCAGUGACGCAAGGCGCUGAUGGAGAAACACAUGAAAGAUCAAGCAGUUCUUCAAAACAGGCAGCUGAUAGAAGGAUUGAGAUACAACCAGCAGAAGAUGAAGAUGACCAAGAUGAUGGUUAUUCUGUGAAACAUCUGGCGUACGCCAGAUACUUAAGGAAUCAUCGACUCAUCAAUGAGAUCUUCUCUGAAACUGUUGUGCCCGAUGUUAGAUCCGUUGUGACAAAAACCAGAAUGGAGGUAUUGAAAAGACAAGUGCAAUCCCUGACAAUGCACCAGAAAAAACUGGAGGCUGAAUUGCAACAGAUUGAAGAGAAAUUCGAGGCUAAGAAAAGGAAGUUCAUCGAGAGUAGUGAACAGUUUCAAGAAGAGUUGAAAAAGCAUUGCAAGCCUGCGGUUGAGGAAGAGACUUUGCAAAAGAUGGUGGAGAGGCAAUAUGAAUUGCUGAAGAAGGAGCGGAUGAAACUGACCGAGGAUUUGAAGGCGAAACCUGAAGAAAACUCAUCAGCUGAUGGCAAAAUUGAAGCUCAAGAAAAUGGACACAACAAACCUGAGGCAAUGGAGACAGACCAACAGCAGCCACCAGCCCCAGAAAAACAAGAACCAUCCUCACAACCCUCUCAGCCGCCUCACCAAGACGGAUCCAAACCACCAGCCCCUUUCCAACCGCCUCACGUCGAUAACUCCCAAUCUCCACCUAAUCAACAGCCUCCGCCACCACACCAUCAGCAUCCCUCUCAACAGGGUGAAAUGCAGGGGCACGCGACCAUGCCGCCUCAAGGGAUGCAACCUCCGCAUCCCCCUCAUCCGGGUAGCCAGCAGCUACCACCGCCCUCGAUGUCCCCAUCGACGGGUCCAGGGGGGCAUCAUCCGCCUCCUCCGCAGGGGGUGCAACAUGGACCGCCGCCGCAGGUGCAACACGGACCGGCAGGGCAUAUGCCCCCAGGUCACGGUCCACCAACAACCCAACACCAACCGCCCCCGAUCAUGUCUGGAGGUCAAGUACCGCCUCAGUAUGCUCAACAGUACGGACCGCCGCCUCCACAGGCUCGAGGUCCACCGGGCCCGCCAGGAGGUCAUCCGGGAUACCCUGGGUAUCCGCCACCACCUGGACCUCAGCAGCAGGCGCCUCCGGGUGGAUACCCCCCACCACAACAAGGCGGCAUGCCUGGUCAUCAUCAGCCUUACCCUCCUCCGCCUCAAGGCGGUUAUGGCCCGCCACCACCUCAACAGGGUCCGCAUCCUUACUAUCAUCAUCCGCAAUCGUAUCCGCCUCAGCAACAGUAUCAGCCGCAGCAGCCUCCGCCUCAAGGUCAUCCUCCAGGUCCUGGUAGACCUGUAGCAGGUUAUCCUCCGAUGAAUCCGGCUCAGCAACAGCCCCACCAACUACAUCAUCAGCCGCAACAACCGCCUCCGCAGCAGCAACAACAGGGUCCACCUCAAGGUCUGCCACAAGGCCCUCCUGAAAGCGGCCAGGAAGGGCAGAACUAUCCUCCUGAAGGCCCAAAACAAGCUGAAGAAGGACACGAUGACAGAAAGGAUUCUAAGAAUUUAGAGAAGGAGGAGAAAUGAAAGCCAGUGAUCUUCAGACAAAUUUAGCAUAUGUACAUAUUUUCAUCUAAUGGUGUUUUCAUUUUGAAACUCGGUAUAAGCUACAUUGUCAUUUCAUAAUUUUAUAUUAUUCUAAAUUUUGGUAGUUUGACAUUUCACCAAUAAAACGUUCUACGGAUUU